AUGCGUCUCAACCUGGCCGUGGCUUCAAUCCUGACCUCCAGCGCGACGCUGGGGGUCGCAGCAGCAAGCAAGCCGACGCUUUCAGCUAACGCUCAAAGCUUGUUCGACUACGCCAUGGGAGUCCAGGACUCGAGAUGGGACGACUCGUACAAGCUUAUCUGGUACCAGGACAACGGUCCGUGGUCCAUCCGGUUCACGGCGUGGUACACGGCCGGUUUGCUGCAACGCAACGAGGGGAACGACGUGGAGAAUGCAAAGGCGGCGAUCAAGAACGUUUUGGCGAGCCAGUUGACUUCGGAUUACGAGUCGGCAUGGUACGGAACAUUUAAGCUCUCGCCCGACGAGCCGGACCCGACGCCCGACUCUGAACUGUAUCCGCCGAGUAUCUACAACACGUAUGAUCCCAACUGGAGAGAGUUCAUCGGAACCCAGCUCAUCCAAGACGUCGAGCUCUACGGCGACCUCCUCGGCGAUGACCUCGUCAAGAAGAUCGAAGACGCGCUGGAGAUUCAAGCCGUCGGUGCCAUGAGGCGCAACGGCAGCUACCCCGAGGGCGACAACCUCAUCCUGGGGUACUCCAACCCGAACCUCAUGCGCGCCCUGACGGUCGGCUGGAUCGGCGCGCGCCGCGGCAACACGACGUUUAUCGACUUCGCCAACACGCACGGCACCCAGCUCCUCGAGCUCUUCCAGUUCAACAACACGCUGGGCGAGUACAACGCGCCCAACUACUACGGCAUGGACGUGUGGGCGUUGGCGGCCAACAUGGCCUACGGGCCGCGCAACGCCACCAUGACGACCAACGCCGAGUACAUGCUCACCAAGAUGUGGGACGACCUCGCGACACACUACAACCCGUACCUCGGCAACUUGGUCGGGCCGUACGACCGCGCCUACACGCGCGACAUGACGGAGCACUCGUCCAUCCUGCCCAUGUACUGGUGGGCCAUCUUCGGGCGCGACUUCGGCCCGCAGCCGCCCAAGGGCGAGAACGACCUGCUCUACGACGCUGCCCAGGGCGCGGCCAUCGCGCUGGUCUCGGACACGGUGGCCAAGCACAUCUCGGCCGACGCCGCGGCUGCGCUCAAGGCCAAGGGCCCGUGGGAGGGCUCGCGCAGCAUCGCGCGCACGGCGAGGGAGGAGCUGGACGCCGUCGGCAGCGAGGUCCGCAACGUCACGGCGUGGGUCAGCGCGCCGCUCAUGGUGGGCGGCCAGGAGGUGGCCGAGGACGUGAACCGCGGCAACCAGUUCGUGCCGGCCAUCGUGCACUGGGCGUCGGACCCGAGCCACGCGCCGUUCCCCUACAUCGGCUUCUUCCUGCUGUACCCGUCGGCGUCGACCAUCAAGGCCGUGGCCGGCGAGCGGUCCCUCAGCGUGUCGUACCCGAACGCGACGCAGGCCGGGUCCGACAUCUUCACCUUUGCGCUGUCCGGCAUCCCGCCGUCGUGGACGCUGGGCGGCAAGACCGUCACGGGGCUCGAGGACCUCCCGUGCCUGAGCGUCAACGUGUCGGCGCCGGGGCUGGAGAAGCAGCCGGUCACGUACGGCCAGCAGCUGAGGGACCACUGGUACUACAACGUGUCGUACGCCGUGCCGGCCGGCUUCGAGGGCGUGCCGCGGGUGGACUUGACGAUGGAGUACACCUGCGAGAUUUAG